CUUUGCAGUCAGCUCGUGCAACUUUAGUCACUAAUACUUUUAUCGUACAUGCAUUGUAUUUCGAACUAUACAAUAUUAUGGGAUACCGACUCUUAGACCCACAACUAGUUUUAGAACGUCUGCUUAGACCUGUCAGGAGUACAAGCACAACGAAAGUGCAAGUUAUUAAUAACAAUCUUCCGGAGAACGAUAGUCGCCGGGAUCAUUUUCAACAUACAACUGUCAAUCCACGAUCAUCCGAACAUGGGGGACUCAACAAUUUCAAUAACAUGGCCACCACUGCAGGAUUCGAAUUAAAAGCCCCGGUUAAUAGCCCCGUUAUGCAGUUCGAAGCCCCACCGGUCAGGAUAGCGUUUACUGACCGCAAACCGCCUCGACCUAGAGCCGCCCAUAGAAAAAAUCAGAUAAAACAUCCAAACCUUUCAGAUGAAGUAGAAAACACUAUAUGUUAUGGUCCUCAGACGGCUAUAUCACUGUGGAAGACCGAGUAUAUUUUGAGCGUCCCGAAAUUUCAAAAUACCGAGGAAUCCAUUGAGGUGCAUAAUUAUGAGCUUAAAAUGCCAAAGAAAAAAAGCAAACCAACCAAGUUACGAAAGCUGGUCUCAGAGUUUAGGACGAUCAGAUCCGACACAGAUCUCAUCAGCAAACACCAGUUUUCGCUUCAACAAGUACAUGUUCAGGAUCGUUCGUUUAGACGCAAAGUUGGAAGACCUAAGGGAGCCCACCAUAAGAACCACCCGAUGUUCAUCCCUGGCCUAGCAGAUCAUGACAGUGACGACGAAUUUGAGGCUUUGUCAGAAGCAACAGCGGCAUCGUCCAAACUUGUCAACCAGUUGAUAAAACCUGCUGAACCUUCAAGGAUGAGUGAACGAGCGAUAUUUACAUUUGUUCCAGGACCACCAGAAAACUCUAGAACACCGGAACAACCAUUGGUGAUCCGUGGUACUCGAGUAAGCUCCAAUGAAACACAAAAGGUCGCCGAAAACAAAGUUGAUAAACAAAUAUCUCCUAAUUCUGACGAAGGAGGUAUCAUUAAAGAACUGGAGGAUCUGAUGACUUUAAACCCAGACUCGAGAAUGUCAGAUGUAACAAUUUCAGCAACGUCAGAAAGGCCUAUCAACUGUCUAGGACAUGCUUUGCUCCCGGGAGGUAUUAGUGAUACUGAUUCUGAACCAGAAUUGGGAGAAGAACCUAACACCAAAAUUCGAAAAGCAACAUCAAAACCAUCCCAGAGUGUCAAAAGAAACAAAACUCGCGACAGAGCAUGCAAUGUAGGACGAACUAUUAUCUUUCCAUUCAAAAGACCUUUCAAUGGUGUGAGACGAGCGGUCACAAGGGUGAUCACAUCAAUCCGGGCUCUACUGUUAAAUUCCUGAAAAAUUAAUUCGAAAAGAAGGAAUUUUGAAACCAGGAAAUCAAACUCGACAGCAGUCUCAGAAUUUGGAUCGAACACGAAAUCUCCUAUUAAGCGAUUGAGUACUUGAAAUUUUAAUGGGUAAUUCCUUUAUAAAGAAUUACCCAUUAUUACCAGAUUAAUUUUGCUAUAAAAGCAAAUCAGAAAAGUCCUUGAUGCAUUUUGUAUUAUCAACCAGAAAAGCAAAAAAUGUUGCAAGUUAGGCGAAAAUGCAUGGUCUCGUUUUUAAUUUUCUUGUAAUAGUUUCACGAUUGAAUGACUACUUCUACUAUGUCGGAGCUAAGUCCGAUCUACGCCAGAUAACCCACUCCAUAUAUCCCUGUCCCGCAUCA